AUGCCUGUCUUCCUCCUUGAAUACUUCGAGGCCCCCCGAGGGAGAAAAUGGCACUUAUUGGGCACCCGUCACAGGUCAGGCACUCUCAUCCUGUUGAAUCUCUACAUCUGUGACAUCCUGUCCCGUUAUACAGAUGAUGAACUGCCUCCAUCGCUCCUGCAUCCCGGCCGGGGGGAGGAGGAGGCGGAGCAGGAGGCGAGCCGGAGCCGCCGCCGCCAACGCCGCCGCCGCCGCCGCCGCCCGAGCAGGACAGAGCGCGCCGCAGCCCCGCGCGUCCGGCCGCCGCCCGCGCCCAUCCAGCAGCCUCGCCGGAGCCACACCGCGGGACAGCUGCGGCCGCGGCGUGUCCCGGCCCGGCCCAGCCCAGCCCAGCUCAGUCCCGGCACCGGGCGGCCCGGCGGCCGGCCCGCCCCCGAGGGCGCCGGGCGCGGCGGGAGGAUGCCGAAGCCGACGCUGCUGCUGCGCGGGGGCUGGGAGCGCGAGCGCAGCCCCGGGGACUCGGAGCUGGGCCGCCAGUUCCGGGACUGGUGCUUGCGCACCUACGGCGACUCGGCCAAAACCAAGACGGUGACACGCAGCAAAUACCAGCGGAUCGCCGAGGUCCUGCAGGGCGGCGGCGGGACCGGCGCGGGCAGCGGCCCCGCAGCCGGCGAGAAAGGCAAGUUCCAGUUCUGGGUGCGCUCCAAGGGCUUCCGCCUGGGCAGCGGCCGGGAACCCAAGAUGGGCCAAGUGGUGUAUGUGCCGGUCAAGACGGGCUCGGUGGCAGAUGGCCUGUCGGAGCCGGAGGGCAUCUCUCUGAAGCGGGUCGCUGUGGUUUUUUUUUUCUUUGACAUCAUCUACUCGAUGCAUGUGGAGAGCUCAGCAGAGCCAGGCAAUUUUUUUAAGCACGCUGGGCAGAAGAAAACCUACCGAGCGCCGGGCUGUGGGCUGCGGCGAGGACAGCGGAACGCUUGGGUGAUGCUGCCCCUUAGUGGAGAGAAGCGGGAGGACCCAGGUUUUUUUAAGCACAUGGAAAACCAGGGAACCUGGGACUGA